AUGGGAAAUAUUAUUAAAAUAAAACUCUAAAGAAGGAGAUUGAAAACAAAGAAUAUUAUACAGGGUGAGAAGAAACAGAAAAUUUGUUUUAUUGGAUAAUUGAUUAAAACAAGAGCAGUUGAAUUUAUAAAAGGAAUUAUAGAGCGCAGUCAAACUAAAGAUUAAAAAAAGAAGACUUCUUUAAUACGAAAAUUUCAAGACUGUUCUUUAUUGUAAUUUAAAGAAAUUUGACAUUAUAACAAAUGUGAUUUCGCACAUGCAUAGGUCUUAAAUAAUGGAUUCUAGAACAAGAAAAAUCAAUUCAAAGUGUCCCUUAUUGAGUAAAUAGAUAAGAGUGAUUUAAAGAAGGCAGAAAUUCCAGAACAUUAUUUGAAU